AUUGGCUCAGUUUUUAAAUAUUUACAGAACAUUUCCCAAAGAAAAGGAAAUGGCCCAUCAACAGCCACUGACAAGAGAAAAUGCUGGCACAGAAAAUAAAAAGCCUAUAAAUUUACCAGAAGUUAGAAAUAUUGAUAAAAACAGAAAUAUGCCUCGUUAUGAUAAUGACAAACAAUCGGAUUUCAUCAUGAUGUGAAAUUCUUAGAUUUGAUAUCAUAAAUUGGGAAUUCCCCUUUGGAAAGCCCAGUUAACUUUGGAUGUUCCCUUUCGAUGUGUCGAGUCGAACUGGCCUUCUCAGCAGUCUCGGUGUACAGCGCUCCUGCUUGAGUGGUUGCCAUCAGCCGGACAAAGUGAUAAUCAACGAAAUGUUGUUAGUCCGUAGUGCAGACUGCCGUCUGUUCUGUAUUGCGCUGGUUGGUCUGUCUUCCACACUGGACCAUCGGAAGUGAAUAUUUGUGAAUUGUGAUUUCGUUUGAGAAUUUUGGCGUUCUUUGUUGUUGUUCUACCGUGUUUUUCUUUAUUUCGCAGUAUUUCGCUCUAUUUCGUUUCAUCUCGUUUCAUCGAAUAUAUUAAGCCCAUUAUGCCGAUGAAAAAAUCAACCCUAAUGUCCAAAGCAUUGCCGUGGAGGGGGCUCAGGGGGCUCAGGGGGCUCAGGGGGCUCAAGGGGCUCAGGGGGCUCAGGGGACUCAGCCCCAAUUGUCAAAAUUCAGAGAUAUUUUAGGGGCUCAGCCCCCCUUAAUAAGUGAGUUCAUAUUUGGUUGAUAGUGGACGAUUUCUGUUUUGGCAACCCUUUAUUACACUAUAGAUUUCUCAUGAAUGAACAAUUUCUUAUCAGCCUUUUUGUGCCAUUAAAUAGUUUGAAUAAUUUUUACACCUAACAGAGAGCCUUGAACACAAAUGCAAGUAUGUUGGGUGUGGUAAGAGUUUGGUAUUGGGUGUGGCCCCUUGAAUUUGCCUACAACAGAACCCUCCUUCCUAACUCUUUGGGACAUCACCCCUGGUCAAAAUAUUUCUUAAAUGGUUUAAAGCCGAACAAAAACUGUUAAAUGUCAUUGUCCCUGGGCGGUUAAAGUUAAGGCACUAACCUCAUACCCUGUGGUGUAGAGAGGGGUGAAGAGUGGGUGGGCUCCCCCUAAUAGUAAAAAAUAUUUUUUAAAAAGGGCGUUUUCAGGCGCUCAAAAGGAUGUGGACCCUUAUUUUCCCUUGAUGAACUUGCUUUUGUCUAUCCCCAAUCUUACCACCCUGGCUACACUACUGCUCCUAUCCCUCUCUCAGAACAAACAACUUAAAACCACAAGAAAAACUUCAGCUUAAAGGUAUUGAUAUAAAUCGAACAAAAAUCCUGUUCUGAACUUUCCAAUUUAAAGAAUGUCAACGAUGUGGUCCCCCGAACAAAAUUAUCUUAUGUUUAUCAUGGUAUCGUAAUACGAUAAUCGUAUAAUCCCAUCUGAUAAAUACUGACGUAAUUUGGGGUAAUUAACCAAGCCCCAGUUGGAAAAAUCUACAAAAUCUGCAAAACAGGAUGUUUUUCAUCAUUGGAAAUUUUAAAGUGAAAGAUAAAUGGUCGAAGAACUUAAUAUCAGUGCCGUUCAGUUUGAGCGCACUUAGGAUAUUUAAUGCAUUUUCUUUGCGAGAAUGGCCUAUUAUCAUGUAUUCAGUCUUUCAAGGAUUGGGACUUCUUCAUAAGUCCUGUUUUGCCUUGAAGACAAGCUUCUCAAUUUUGUUCGAUGCGAUUGUGACAUUUGUAUCAUCGGCAUAAAUACUAGCUUGUGAAUAAUUCAAGCAUUGCUCAAGGUUAUUCAGACAUAUAGUAAAAAGUAGAGGGCCUAAGCUGGAGCCCUGAGGUAUACCACUCAAUCGAGAGGCAAUCCCAUAGGCUCCGACACAAGUUGAAAAGUGGGGGGGGGGGGCAAGGGAUAAUUUGAUACAUAUUUCAAAUUAUUUUGGAAAGUUAUCCAUUGUAUUGCAAAAAAGUGGGGGAGGGUGUUAUACUUGAGGUUGAACGACAGUGUUAAGUAUAACAUGAAAUUGCGCGAGUUCUUACUACUUUAACAAAUACACAAUAAAGAGCUUUAACUUACGACCUUGAUUUUGAAUCUUUACUUUAGCGGCGGCAGGAGAACGUCAGAAAGAGAAACGGCGGCUGGUCUUUAUCUUUAUCUUAAUCAGCGUCAAACUAGCGUCUAAAUUACAACUUCUCUAAAUCUCUAAACUAAAAGCUCAAAUUUAUAUAAGAUUAAACAAUAGAUGGUGCAAUAAAUCUAAACAUCCAAUAAAAGUUUCAGCAAAGCAGACGUCCAAUAGGAAAAGGGGUUCUUGUUAUUAUUUGUCCAAUCAUAAGGUUUUUCUUCGAGUUUCACUUCUUGGUGCAAUCCCUGACGGCCAAAAUAUACCAUGACGUAACUUGUUUUGAGUUGCAUGUCGUGGUGCAAUAUCUCGUAAUCUCGUCGUCCAAUGACGUAAUGUUAACUAUACAACAAGGGGCAUGACCCCCUUCGUCGUGGGCCUUGCUGUUGUUUCAUCUGAGAAUCCCCGGAAAUCCUUUUACUUUGUGGAAAUCUUCUACUCUUUUUGCAAAAGUGAAUUGCCUGUCGGUAACAAUAAUACUUUUAGCAAAAGCAAUUAGUAAAUCAUUCUUGUUUCUAGCAGAUAUACUUUUAUAAUGCGUCUUGAGAUGGUCGCUCAGGCCGGUAUUGUAAACCUGGUUUACAGUAUUUGAAUUUUAUGUAGUGGCAAAGUAAACAAUCAGGGUAGAGAAUUAAAUAGCUAUUAUAGCGGCAGUUUCUACCACACCACCCAGUAAAAACGGAAAAAAUUACAAAUAUCGACAGUGGUGCCGUGGAGGGGGUAAGAGGGGCUCAGGAGGGCUCAGCCCCCCUUACUAAAAUUAAGAGAGAUUUUUGGGGGCUCAGUCCCCCUUAGCAAAGGCCAGUAUAUGUUUGGUUGGGCUAAUUCUUAACUAGACAUGAUGAAUAAACCUUUUCCACGAAUGAGCAAUUAGCGUUUUAGAGUCGUUUAAUAGUUUGAGGGAUUUCAUAUACAUUACAGAGAAUCUUUAACACAGAGUCAGGAAAACAUUACGGUCGCACGGCCACUGACCGGAGGAAGGUCUACGAAAAAUAAUAGAAGCUCCUGUGACACACCCAAGCCGCACCCACUUUCUAUUGUUUUGUGAGGAACCUUUGCCUUCGGGGAUGUUUUGUCUGGAGAAAGGUUAACAUCUUUUUCGGACUCUGCUUUAACAUGCUUUAACAUAUUCAAGGUGUGUCCAUAGGUGUGGCAUUGGGUGUGUCAUUGGGUGUGGCUUCUACAGCACAGCCCCCUUGCUAACCUUUUAGGACGGCACUACUGGAUAUCGAGUAACGAAAAGUCAGACUGCGGCCAGUGUAUGCAGAAUUGCGAAUCCCAAACGGAAACACUUUUUUACUUUCUUCAGGGAAAUGCAAAUGUUUCUUUCCGUCAUGUGAUAAAAAUUUGAAAAAAUCUAGAAUCGGAUUUUGAUGACGUAACCUCAAAUGUAACCUCACUUUGCUGAAUAGCCUCAGUGUGAUGCGGUGAUAGGUUAUUUUGCAAUGGGGUUUUCGCUGAGCCGCUUGAACACAGUGUCUUUAUUGUGUUUUUAAAUGUAUUCUUUAGUUGCGUGACAAUCGAGUUCAAGAACAAUGUGUGAUUAUAAUCAGAUUAAUAUGGCAACCGAGACGAAUUUGGAAAAAAAUAACAACGAACUCGGUCACCAAGGUUGGACACAAGGUUGUUGCUGUCAAACUAGGUCCCCAAGAAGGGUGUCAAACCAAUGUAUCGCAAACAUCUUGUUCAUUGUGACGUUUAUCGUCAUCAUUGGUCUUGUGGUUCAUCUUUACACAAGACAACAACUGCCUGAAUUUCGACCAAAGAAGGUCUGGUCCCAUAAACCAACCCAAACAACAUCCACAACAAGAAUGAGCAGAACAGAAAGGACCAAAGCUGCGUCCAAAAAACCAACAACAAAAACUGCCACACAAUACAACGUUGUAACAUAUGGGCACAUAGUGUAUGCACACUUCGUCCCAAAGGCUACACAGACGCUAGAAAAAAUACAGUGGGACGACAAUCCGAGGCAUGCAUUUUCCUCUCACGACGUCACACUAAAAAGGAAAAACACAGACAUCGUAUUUGGUGUUCCUGGGGUUUACGACCUCUCCCUCAUGCUGGUUCUGCAAUGGCGAAAGCCUAAUGCUACAGUUAUAAUAGAGGUACUGAAAAAUUCGAGGGUUCUAAAGGUGCUCAAAAUUGGUAUUAAUGGAACAUUUGCUUGCAGGUUCCUUCUGAGAAUCUUCAACAUAGAUGAAAGAAUAUCUUUCAAAGUGGCUUCAGACCGCCCCAAGGAGUGGAUAGUUAGGCCUUUGGAAGCUUCACUAGACAUUGUCAAGGUUGAUAAGCGAAUCUAGAUCCCCGGGGGAUCUACACAGUGCUUAACGCUGUAUCUUUGGAAAAGCAGAUAAUUGAAUGGAUUUAUAUCUUCUUCUUCCAAAUACCCGGUCCCAAACAAUUUCCUUAGUUUUGAUACCCGUCCCAGACAGUGGAAUAGCGUGACCUUUCUCGCUGGGGGGGGGGGGGUUGUGAGAGAUGCAAAACCAUGUUUUACCCGACAGAAAUUCUUUUUCAAUAAUUUCAAUGAGACCAUUUUACCCUUUUCUGCGGCACAUCAGGUCAAGGACAGGAGUCCCCCGAGAGGGAUCUAGACCGUAUCACAAAUUUUUCAGCUAUAUUGCCAAUAAUGAAUUACCUAUACACAAACAUAUACCGUAAAUCCUCAAAUUAGCCCCCUGGGGGCAUAUUUAUUUCUGAUAUUUUUGGAUGGUGGCUUAUGAGAGGGGGAAGGCUUAUAAAAUUAUUAUCGACAUUAUGAAGACAUUAUUGGAAGACCUUGUUUUUUUUAGUAGGAAUUUCUUUAUGAGCAUUUAAUUAAUGACUACCAAAAGUAUGAAUUUGUUGUGGUAAUUCAAUAAAACGCCAUAGGCAACAUCAGAUGGCAAAAAUCAUCAAAUUGAGGGGUCCAAUUUGAGAAUUUACGGUAGAAGUGGGGGCUUAUUCGAGGGGGUUGGGGCGUAUUGACGAUUUGUAGUUCUAGGGUGGGCUCAUUCGAGGGGGGAACUUUUUCCAGGGGAGGGGGCGAUUUGAGGAUUAACUGUAGGCGUAGCGGAGGCUAAAUGUUCAAGAGGGGGGCUUUAUGUAGGUAUUAUUGAAUAUUGCUUCUUCAUUAAGAUAAAAUGGCCCAAAGGGGCUUGAAAUUCGAUACGUUAUGCCUGAUUAGGAGGGCCUGUCGUCAACGCCUAUGUUAGGUCCUGCCAAUAAAAUGGUUACGAGUCCAAGAAACUACCAUUAGGGGCAAAUGGAAGAUCCUUCGCUGCAACACGUAAGCAGUAAAUAAACAAUAUGCACCAGCAAAGGGUCUUUUUUACUAGCAUAGGUUUAUAGAGGAACCAGUUCUUUAAAAGAUUAAAUACUUUUGUUAUGAUGAAUAGCCUAGUUUUUACAAGCUUUGUUUUUAUUUGUUCUGCGUCUCAGCUUGGAGGUACAUAGAAAUAUCAAAACAUGGAAUUGAACUGUUACGUAAAGUAAAAUAGAACUUUCCACCAAAAACACUUUUAUUUCUAUUUAUUUUAAUAUCAGAGAACACGGGUUCUUCAGUCUGACAGAAUAGCAGCAUUAGCUCUAAAUUUUCUCAGUUCAAUUGCCUUGAAGAAGUUUCCUUCGGGUUGGGUGGGGGUUUGGGUUGCAGUAACAGUUCAAAACUUUUUUACAGUCUUUUUCAAUCAUCGAGCCUUAAUUCUAAUACACUGUGUACCAGGACUUCUUUAUUUGGUCUUAGAAAUAUAGCUAGAAUCUAGUCACAGGAAAAAUUUUUUAGCGGAAUUCUUUGCCACCGCAGUUGUCUACAAUACUUAUCCCCGGAUUCAUGAGGCUGUCGUGCCCAGGGUAUAAUUGUAACUGCAGAAAACUUUCUCUAUCUAGAUUGUCUCAGCACUAUUUUCUUGUUUAAAAUAUAGAAAAAAAUAAUCAGAUAUUUGACUACUUCUUCAGAACCAGAGCGUCCUUUUUUGCACUGGAAUUCAAAACAUGGACCUGAAUACGAAAUUCUGUGCAGCUAGAACAUUAAAAGAAAACAAUAAAGAAAUGCUUUCUUCUUUGAUCAUUAUUCUAAUCACAUUUCACCCGAAUGAAAAAGGUCGACUGUAUUGACGAUUGAAACUGCAACGAUCAGCUGAUGUGGCUGAUUCACCUUUUUUAUAGAAUAUGACAAGACCUAUUACCUAAGUCGUAUUUUUGCCAUUUUAUUGAAUUGUAGGAUAUGAAGGUUUUGGUUCACAAAUGUAGAUCCAAAUCUCAGACCCGUCGUAUUAGGAGGUGGGGGUAAUUACCCCCACUUUUGUCAAAACUUGUUUCUUUCUUUCAGCUAGAAAUUGAUUAAAAAUCGCUAGGUAUGGGUAAACAUCAUAUUUCCUAAGGAAAAUUAACGUGGUACAAAGCACUGAAACUUAGCAGAAUGGGCGUGGUCUCACUGGCCACGCCUGUUACCCUUCCCGCAGUAGCUGGCGCCGCCAUUGAUAUUUAACUACCUACAAGUUCUUCAAGUUACAUAUUCGAGAAUCAUAUAUUUUUGCGCUUUACUAAAAAAAUCUAGACGCACCAAAACCGUUAUAAUUUUACAGCCAUAGUGCAAAUAUUUGAUUUAAGGGACUUGAAUGCUUUUUAUAUAAGGAACCACUUUUUAAGGAACCUACAUGAAGAAGGCCGAAAAGUUUAAAGAACUUGUACUAUCAAAAAUUAAAUUCCUAAGGAAGUUUCGAUUUGAAGAAUUUUUAUAACUGCAAGCAUCAAGAACUAAA